AUGCGCCGCGGCACCAUCAUCUUCCUCGUCAUCAACCUCCUCGUGAUCGGCUUCCUCCUCAACGCCUUCUCCACCCUCAUCGGCCUCCUCUUCGAAGACGGCUCCAGCGAUGCCAUCCACCGCGCGGAAAUCCCCGCCCCGGGUUCAGAGCUUAUCGAUAAUCGAACACAGUUGAUCCCAAAGAUCAUACAUCAGACCUACAUAAACGAGAGUAUUCCCGCACAAUGGAAGGCUGGGCAGCAGAGUUGUAUAGACUUGCAUGAUGAUUACGAGUACAAGCUCUGGACCGACGACCUCUCCCGCGAGUUCAUCAGCGCAGAGUACCCCUGGUUCCUCUCCACCUUCGACAGCUACCGCUUCCCCAUCCAACGCGCCGACGCCAUCCGGUACUUCGUGCUCGCCUUCUACGGCGGCAUAUACAUCGAUCUCGACGAUGGCUGCAACAGGCGCCUCGACCCUCUGCUCUCGUACCCAGCAUGGGUACGGCGUACCGUUCCAACAGGCAUAAGUAACGACGCCAUGGGCUCGGUGCCUCAACAUCCGUUCUUUCUCCGCGUUAUUGAAUCGCUGUCCGGGUACAACAGACAUUGGGUCAUGCCGUACAUCACGGUCAUGUACUCUACGGGCCCGCUCUUCCUCUCGGUCAUCUGGAAAGAAUACAUGGAUGUCCCGCGACCAGCUGAGGAACAUGUACGCAUUUUGAUGCCGGACGAGUACAAAGGGUUCAAGUGGAGCUUCUUCAACAUCUCUCGCGGCAGCAGUUGGCAUGGCAAGGACGCGCAGACAAUUUUCUGGAUGGGGAAGCACUGGGUGUUGCUUACUGUUGCUGGAUUUGCGAUAGCGGGUGUGGUCGGUUUGUGUCUUUGGAGUCUGUGGAGUAUGUGGGUUAUGCGUGGCAUUGGGGGUAAAGGGAAGAGAGGGCUUUGGAGGCGGAUUAGUGCGAAGGAGAGGUAUGAGCUUGUUGAUCGGAUGGCGUAA